CGAAGUCUGAUGUUUGUAGGCGGGGAGACUGCGUGGACUUUGGACCUUCGAUGGCCUGUAAUAACACUAAGUUUCUCUGAUUAGCCUGUUAGUCCAACGUAGGUCAGAAAACAGCUAUCAUGUCGAUCGCCACCAAAGGAAUAUUCAUCGUCGCCGCAAAGCGAACCCCUUUCGGGACACUGGGUGGUAAAUUUGCGAACAAGACUGCGAUCGAGCUUCAGGAAGUGGCAGCAAAGGCAGCGAUAGCAGCCGGUGGAUUGAAACCGGAACAGAUCGACAGUGUCGUAAUUGGAAACGUAUUGGUGAACACAUCCGCAGAUGGAGCAUUUCUGCCAAGACAUGUUCUCCUCAAAAGUGGCAUUCCUCUGGACAGACCCGCCCUUGGGAUAAAUCGUCUAUGCGGAUCCGGUUUUCAGUCCAUCGUCAACGGAGCUCAAAACAUCCUCGUCGGUGAUUCCCAAGUCGUUCUCACCGGCGGAACGGACAACAUGAGUCAGGCACCUUUCAUCGUGAGGAACGUCAGGUUCGGGACAACUUUGGGUCAGAAUUACACCCUGGAAGACAGUCUCUGGCUCGGGCUGACCGACACGUACUGCAAAAUGCCGAUGGGUAUAACCGCCGAAACCCUUGGUGCCAAGUACGGAAUCAAAAGGGAAGAAGUCGACGCUUUUGCCCUCAGAAGCCAGAAGCUGUGGAAGGCGGCCAAUGACGCCGGAUACUUCAAGGAAGAAUUGGCUCCUGUCACCGUCCAGGUAAAGAGGAAGGACGUCGUCGUCGACGUCGACGAACAUCCUCGCCCUGAGACAACGGCCGAAGGACUCGCCAAGCUGCCGACCAUCUUCAAGAAGGAUGGACUCGUAACUGCCGGCACAGCAUCGGGAAUCAGCGACGGUGCUGGAGCCGUUAUUGUGGCCAGCGAGGAAGCCGUCAAGUCCCAGGGCCUUAAACCUUUGGCUAGACUCGUCGGCUACAGUGUCGUCGGCGUCGAACCCAGCAUCAUGGGUAUCGGACCUGCUCCGGCGAUCAAAAACCUUCUCAAGGCAACCGGGAAAACUUUGAACGACAUCGACCUUGUCGAGAUCAACGAAGCCUUCGGUGCGCAAACUUUGGCCUGCGCCAAAGACCUUGGCCUGGACAUGAACAAGCUUAACGUGAACGGCGGUGCCAUCGCCUUGGGACAUCCCCUCGCUGCUUCCGGAUCGAGAAUCACUGGACAUCUCGUUCACGAGUUGAGGAGGAGGAAGGCCAAGUUUGGAAUCGGUUCAGCGUGUAUCGGCGGUGGACAAGGCAUCGCUCUUCUCAUCGAGGCUGUUUGAUGGAGUUUUUGAUUUUCUUUAG